AUGACUACACGCGGCAAGAGAAAGGCGGAGGACGAGGUGGAGGAGCUCCAGGAGCUGCCUGAGGACGAUAGCGCUGAGGAGGAAGAAUACCAGUCAGACGAAGAAGAGUACGAUGAAGAAGGCGACGACGAUGACGAUGACGAGGAAGCUCCAGAGGCUCCACCGCCAAAGAAGGCCAGGAGAACCAAAGAGCCAGCCCCUGCCGACGACGACGACGAAGAGGGCGACGACGAUGACGAUGCAGACGACCAAGAGCUCGACGGUGAGGAAGAGGCCGCAGGCGACGACGACGGCGACGAAGAUGCCGAUGAUACCGCGAAGUCGGGUGGCCCAGCUGCGGCUGCAAAGAAGAAUGUCGGCGGUGCUGUGCCGAAAGAGGAUGAUCUUAAGGAGGUUAACGAUGCUGAGGAUGAGGACUAA